UUCUUUCUUUCUUUCUUUCUUUUUUGUCUUAAAUUUCCAUUGUUUUAUGGGUGUGUAACUUUGUAGAGCCAAGAGGAGAGGAGCAGAGUGUGAUGUUCCCUCUCUUUCUAGAGCGUUCCUAAUCUUGUACUUCUGUUUUUUGCUGGUGGUUUCAUUUCGACUGAGUAAAGCGACAUUCUUGCUUGAGGUCUACUCACCAGGUUGUGUGUGUAUUUUGGGAUUGGAGCUUUUAGUUUGGAGAUUCGGGCACCUAAGAGUUUGAGGAUCCGUCAACCUAUUUUUCUGGGUUAGAGAACAGUAAGAAGAAGAAGAAAAAAGCAGACUUUGAGAAUGCCACCAGGAGGAGGACCGGCGCCACCGCCGAAACAGGAGGAGCUGCAGCCCCAUCCAGUGAGGGAUCAGCUUCCCAACAUCUCUUAUUGCAUCACUAGCCCUCCUCCUUGGCCUGAAGCUAUACUUCUUGGAUUCCAACAUUACUUGGUGAUGCUUGGCACAACAGUCCUCAUUCCAACUUCUUUAGUUCCUCAAAUGGGAGGAGGCAAUGAAGAAAAGGCCAAGACAAUUCAGACAAUCCUGUUUGUAGCAGGUUUGAGCACUUUAUUCCAGACUCUGUUCGGGACCCGUUUGCCUGCUGUUAUAGGGGCGUCAUAUACAUUCGUGCCUACAACCAUCUCGAUUAUAUUGGCUGGCCGAUACAGUGAUGUAUUGGAUCCUCUAGAGAGAUUCGAGAAAAUAAUGCGAGGUAUACAGGGUGCCCUCAUUGUUGCCUCAACUCUCCAAAUUGUCAUUGGCUUUAGUGGCCUCUGGAGAAAUGUUGCAAGAUUCUUGAGUCCGCUAUCUGCUGUCCCUUUAGUCGCUCUUUCUGGAUUUGGGCUGUAUGAGUUGGGUUUCCCUGUGCUUGCAAAAUGCGUGGAGAUUGGGCUGCCUCAAAUUAUCCUUCUAGUGAUCUUUUCCCAGUAUAUACCUCAUCUAACACAUGGAGAGAGGCACGUAUUUGAUCGCUUUGCUGUUAUUUUUUCGGUGAUAAUUGUGUGGAUAUAUGCUCAUCUUCUCACUGUGGGCGGAGCAUAUAAGCACACGGCACUCAAAACUCAACUGAGUUGCCGAACUGACCGUGCUGGAAUAAUUGGUGCUGCACCGUGGAUACGAGUACCAUAUCCUUUCCAAUGGGGAGCUCCCACAUUCGAUGCAGGAGAAUCAUUUGCAAUGAUGGCUGCUUCCUUUGUUGCUCUAGUGGAGUCAACUGGUACAUUUAUUGCUGCGUCAAGGUAUGCAAGUGCUACUCCAAUGCCACCUUCAAUUCUUAGCCGAGGUGUUGGUUGGCAGGGAGUAGGGAUUUUGUUCUCUGGGAUUUUUGGGACAGGAAUUGGAUCUUCUGUAACUGUUGAGAACGCCGGCUUGUUAGCCCUGACGCGUGUCGGCAGCCGGAGGGUCGUGCAAAUAUCAGCAGGUUUCAUGAUAUUCUUUUCUAUUCUUGGGAAAUUCGGAGCCGUCUUUGCUUCGAUUCCAGCGCCAAUUAUUGCGGCUUUGUACUGUCUCUUCUUUGCCUAUGUUGGUUCCGCCGGUCUUAGCUUGCUUCAAUUCUGUAAUCUAAACAGCUUCAAGACAAAGUUCGUGCUCGGGUUCUCCGUCUUUAUGGGCUUGUCCAUACCUCAGUACUUCAAUGAGUACACGGCAGUGAAUGGCUAUGGUCCGGUCCAUACAGGAGCAAGAUGGUUCAAUGAUAUGAUCAACGUGCCUUUCUCGUCCAACGCAUUCGUUGCCGGAUUGUUGGCUUACUUCCUAGACAUCACGCUUCACCGCAAGGAUGGUCCCACGAGGAGAGACAGGGGCAUGCACUGGUGGGAUCGGUUCCGUUCAUACAAGACGGACACGAGAAGCGAAGAGUUCUACUCUCUGCCCUUCAACCUCAACAAGUUCUUCCCGUCGGUUUGAGAAUUCGCCUGCGGAGAUUCUGAAUGUAUGUCUUGAUCAAGUCGUGCACCUGCUUUAUGUCGAAGCAGGUUGCCCUCUGUGAUCUCUCUCUCUCAGCAUAUAUGAAUCCAGAUUGAGCAGCAUGUUUUAUAGACUGGAGUGCUUGUCUUUCGGAUUGUCGUGUGUUAUAUGCGAUAGCAUUAGUAAAUUUGAGUUCUUUUUUGUUGUCUAUUAUUCUUGUUUCUAGUCGUAUUCUGCUUCCAUCUUUA